AUGGUGAGGAUCGCUGUAGCAGGGGGCUCUGGUCAGGUCGCUCGAGAGGUCAUAGAUGCUCUUGUAGCCACUGGAAAGCACGAGAUUACCGUUCUUAGCAGACGAGAUCUGCAGUCGGCGGAUGCCACCGACCCCGGGGUCAAGCAACGUACGGUGAACUACGGCAACGUUCAUAAUUUGACUGAAGCUCUUCAAGGAGUUCAUACUCUUCUAUCAUUCGUACAGAUUCUUUCCGACCCGAAUCAAGAGUCACAAAAGAAUCUGAUUGACGCUGCCAUUGCUUCUGGGGUGCGCCGAUUUGCCCCCAGUGAGUAUGGAAGCAAGGGCACGAACCAUAUGGCCUGGUGGGCUGGGAAGGAGGCGAUUCGCGAAUAUCUUGAGGAAGUGAACGCCACUGAGAAGAAACUCGAGUAUACCUUGUUCCAACCGGGAUUAUUCUUGGAUUACCUCGCAUUUCCCUACAAAACGGCCAAAUAUCUCGACCCGCUUCAGAGCGUCUUCGACUUUGAGCACAGACGUGCCAUUGUAGUCGAUGGCCAUGAAGACGCCAUCCUGACUCUGACCACCGUGAGCGAUCUCUCAGAGAUCAUUGCUCGCGCGGUCGAGUAUGAGGGCGCAUGGCCAAGACAUGGGGGUAUCAGAGGCAAUCGACUGACCUUCUCGGAUAUCCUCAGAAUUGGCGAGACUGUUCGAGGACAUUUCGAUGUUGACAAAGUGUAUCUUGAAGAUCUUCGAGCUGGAAAUCUCAAGACGUCUUGGGGUCUGGAAGCUGUGCACCAUGCGGUGUCCGACGACCAGGCAGCGGAACUUCUCAGGGCAGUGUCCAUCGGUAUCCUCCUAAGCAGUGUGGAAGGCGCCUGGGAUUCUUCAGACAGCAUGAGUCGCCUUUUCCCGGACUUCAAGUUCACCACCGCCCAUGAUUUCCUGGUGAGGGCUUGGGACGGAAAACCAUAA